UCGGUCAUAGAUUUUUUGCUGAACAUAGGUUGUCGAAUUGUUGAUUCACAUUGUAAAACCGACUAUUUUCUCUGACCAUAGCCUGUUGAAUAAAAUACGAACUUCCACGAUGGCCACCAGCCAUCUUCACGAGAAAAUCAAUGCUAAGCUAACUUAUUAGCUAGCUAUCGUAAACGCGUUACAAUAAUAUUAUGAAGCAGCAACAAGUCGGAUGGCUAACCUACACUUACUACUACUCUUGACUUCACUAGACACUUUGAUGUGGUUGUCAUGUCAAGGAACAGGAAUGCCACGCAGUGAAUGACUGACAGAUCUAGCUAAACCGACUGCAGUAUUGUUCCUUUGGAUGAGUGGCUAACAAGCUAACGCUAGCUAACUAGCCAUUUCACUCAUCAAACAAUUUCACUCGUUGAUUGGCAGAAAUGCUGCAUUGAAGCGCAUGCUGAAUUUCAACACUUCUCCGUUGAAAAACACUGCUGCUGAGCCAGUAUGGAAGGUUCUGAUCUACGACAGGUUUGGCCAGGACAUAAUCUCCCCUCUACUGGCGGUCAAAGAACUACGGGACAUGGGAAUCACUUUGCACUUGUUGCUUCAUUCAGACAGAGAUCCCAUCCCGGAUGUGCCAGCCAUCUAUUUUGUUAUGCCGACAGAGGAGAAUAUUGACCGGAUAUGCCAAGACCUUCGUAACCAGCUGUAUGAGUCAUACUAUUUGAACUUCAUCUCAGCCAUAUCCAGAAGUAAACUAGAGGAUAUUGCUAGUGCAGCUCUCUCAGCCAACGCUGUCACCCAGGUUACCAAGGUGUUUGAUCAGUAUUUGAAUUUCAUCACACUCGAAGAUGAUAUGUUUAUCCUCUGUAAUCAAAAUAAAGAGCUCAUCUCCUACCAUGCGAUUAACAAACCGGACAUCAUGGACACAGAGAUGGAGGCCAUCAUGGAUACGAUUGUAGACAGCCUUUUCUGCUUCUUUGUCACGCUGGGUGCUGUCCCCAUAAUCCGCUGUCCAAGAGGGAAUGCUGCGGAGAUGGUCGCGGUGAAACUUGACAAGAAGCUGAGGGAGAACCUGCGAGACGCCAGAAACAGCCUGUUCACUGGAGACAAUAUGGGGGCCGGCCAGUUCAGCUUCCAGAGACCCCUAUUUGUACUCGCUGAUCGCAACCUGGAUCUUGCCACCCCUCUCCACCACACAUGGACCUACCAGGCCCUCAUCCACGAUGUGCUGGACUUCCACCUGAACAGGGUCAGUAUGGACGAAUCUGUGGGGUCAGAAGCUUCCCCUUCCGGAGCCAGACCCAAGAAGAAAAAUAAGAAGAGUUAUGACCUCACAGCCGCAGACAAAUUCUGGCAGAAACACAAGGGCAGCCCGUUCCCGGAGGUGGCCGAGUCUGUACAGGAGGAGUUAGACACGUACCGAGCCCAAGAGGACGAGGUGAAACGCCUCAAGAGCAUCAUGGGGUUGGAGGGUGAGGAUGAGGGACCCAUUAGUAGUAUUAGUAUGUCAGACAACACCGCAAAACUUACCUCAGCUGUCAGCUCCCUACCAGAGCUUCUGGAGAAGAAGAGGCUGAUUGACCUCCACACUAACGUAGCCACCGCCGUUCUGGAUCACAUUAAGAGCCGUAAACUGGACGUGUACUUUGAGUACGAGGAGAAGCUGAUGAGCAAAUCCACCCUGGAGAAGUCUUUGCUGGACAUAAUCAGUGACCCUGAUGCGGGAACACCAGAGGACAAGAUGAGACUGUUUCUGAUUUUCUACAUCACAGCCCUGCAACCCCCUUCAGAGACUGAUCUGGACCAAUACAAGAAGGCUCUUCUAGAGACUGGCUGCGACCUGUCCUCUCUCAACUACAUCAAGCAGUGGAAGGCUUUCACAAAGAUUGCUGCCACACCAUCUAACUAUGGGAACAGCGGUGUGAAACCUAUGGGCCUCUUCUCUAGAGUGAUGAACUCUGGCUCCCAGUUUGUCAUGGAGGGGGUGAAACACCUGGUGCUUAAACAGCAUAACCUGCCAGUCACGCGUAUCCUGGACAACCUGAUGGAGAUGAAGUCCAAUCCGGAGACUGAUGACUACAGAUACUUUGAUCCCAAGAUGCUGCGCGGCAGUGAGAGCUCAACCCCAAGGAACAAGAACCCGUUUCAAGAGGCUAUCGUCUUUGUGGUCGGAGGAGGAAACUACAUAGAAUAUCAAAACCUGGUGGACUACACAAAGGCAAAGCCAGGGAAGAGGGUGCUGUACGGAUGCAGUGAGCUCUUCAAUGCAGGGCAGUUCAUCAAACAGCUAUCCUCACUCGGCCAAAAGUAAAAGCAAGAAAACAUAUCAACACUUUCUUUUCUUGGAUUCCAUUUCUCCUAAAUACUCACAACUGCAAUCAAGACCUCUCUAAUCAUUGAUGAUCGUUUUCAGUUACUCUAGAUCCUGUCUCUCUCUCUCUCUGAUAUUCCAUGUGUUUUAUAAUGUGUACUAUACUUACAUUGUUUGUUUAAAGGCCCAUUCCAGUCAAAAACAUGAUUUUUCUGUGUUUUAUAUUUCCAUACUAUGAGGUUGGGGAAAAUAUUGCAAAAAUUCUGAUAAUGCCCUUUUAGUGUAAGAGCUUUUUGAAAAGACCACCUGAAAUGAUUGCCUGUUUUGGUGAGAUGGAGUUUUGGCCUGCCUGGUGAGAUCACCAGGUGGUCAAUUAGUUAAUAGGUGAAUAAGAGAGAGUUCCAAACCUCUCUGCCAAUAACAGAUCGUUUUCAGUUUUCCCCUCCCCACUCAGACCACUCAGACAGUCCUACCAAAAUUCUUGUUUGAGAAAUUCCUCUUGCUAAGAAGCUAUUUUCGUUACUUUUUGACCAUUUUAAUUGAAAACAAUCGCAGUAAGGUACUUAAUUGUUACCUAGAAAUGAUUUGAUAUUGAUAUAAAAACAUCUGCAUUGGGCCUUUAACUAAUUUGCUUUGCACUCUCAACAAAUAAAGUUGAAUAGUCUUUACUCAACACGGUUGCUGUGUAGUAGAUC